GUCCAUCACAAAAUAAUCAUGUAAACAUCACCACAACACGUUCGAAGAUUGUAAUAAUUGAUUCUCCAUUGUAAUAUUGAUUUAUCGAUUUAAACCCAACAAAAAAAGCCAGAAAGAGAUCAAAAGACAAGGGGAGAGAGAGAAAGACAUGGACGCCAGGGUAAAUGAUGCAAGCAAUGAGGCAGCUCUAGAAGAACAACAGCAACCUCUUUUGGAAGAUCCACCAGCCGACCGAAAACCAGCGAAGACGCCAGCACAAAAGGGCAUUCGAAAGACUUUCAAAGGAACAGCCCUUUUGGCCAAUCAUCUCCCCACAGGUUCAGUCCUGGCAUUCCAAAUUCUCUCUCCCGUUCUCACACAUGAAGGCAGGUGUCUCUCCAUUGUAAGCCAAUCCCUGACUUUAUGCCUUAUUGGCCUUAUUGGCUUCUCGUGUUUCCUCGUUUGCUUCACCGAUAGCUUCCGGGAUGGAAGAGGAAAAGUCCGGUACGGGGUGGCCACCGUCCGGGGGCUGUGGGUCAUCGAUGGCUCGGUCACCCUCCCACCGGAGGAAGCAGCUAAAUAUAAGCUCAGGGUCAUUGAUUUUGUUCAUGCAUUCAUGUCUAUACUGGUUUUUGGGGCAGUGGCACUGUUUGAUGUAAAUGUAAUCAAGUGUCUUUUUCCGGAACAGUCAGAGUUUGCUAAAGAGCUACUGACAACACUGCCUGUUGCGAUUGGUGUGAUUUGCAGCCUGCUGUUUGUUGCUUUCCCUACCACUCGACAUGGGAUUGGUUUUCCUCUCUCUCGCAAAUAGUACUCGAUCGUUCUUUUCUAUAUCUAUCAUUUUUGUGCUCAAUCUUAUUGUCUAUGGGAAGAAAAAUUACAAAGAUCAAAUUUGGAAGAAAAUUUAUUGAAAGUGUAUCCGAUUCCAUACGUGUCUACUCUGAUUCUUG